AAGGACUCAAUCCUAGAAAGUUGUUAUCAGCGGCCGGCCUCGUCGCCAUAUAAGUGCAGUUUAGCAGGAGUCUACACCCCUUUCUUUCUCUUUUCCUCACGUCAUCAACCAGCAGGACUGCUUUUCCUUCGUACAACUGGGCCGCCUCUAGCCUAACUCAGAUCUUCCGGCCAUCAGGAGGAGACAAGUUUCGAUUGGAUCCGCUGAUCUUAGUAGAGGCAGAUGUGUUUUGGGCUUAAGGAAGGAAGAAUUGAAUUGUUGAUCGAGUAACUGAGAACGGACGACCAUCCUGAAAUUUCAGAAGCGAAAGAAAAUGGAUAUUGUUGAUUGUCCUUCUCGUGAUUCUUCACUUCACGAGCUCGGGGAAGAUGAUGCCCUCGUCUCUACAGGUGAAGAUGUGAGGCCUUUCACUAAAAGGAAGGUGGAUACUCUAAACGAAGAGGAUGAUUCCAUUCCCAUUAGAUUGGAUGGACCUAUCCACAUAUCUGACCUUGGUAGUGUGGAUCUCGAUGGCGUACUUAGUGGAGAGGUUGAUCAUGGUCUAGGUGAUCUAGAUAAUUUAAAUGUGGAUGAUUAUGGUGUAUCAAGCUCAGGUCUUGAUCCUCCCCUUGUUUCACAAAGUUUGGACUCAAACUUGUCCCCGAGCGCUGAUGUUUUAAACAUUUUGUCUACUUCUGAACAGGGUGGUACAGAAGGAGCUUCUAAUCUUGUUAGUGGCGAAGGAACAAUGACACAUAUUUCAGCGCCACCCGUGGAUAUUUCUGCCAUUACCAAGCCAAUUCUGGAUACCAUCGAUUUGGUGUUGAAGAAUGCUUUUGAAGCCUUAGAUACCCCUACAUUAACUGAUUCUGAACGUCGUGAGAUUUUCCAGGCAGUUCGAUCAGUGCUUCCGGUUGGUGAUACUGCUCCUCAGAUUGCCGCUGUCCGCACAGGUUGGGAAAAAUUUGUUUCGAUCUCAGAUGCAGUGCAGGAAGCCCGCAAAACAGUUGAGGAUCAGUCAAAGCAAAAGUCUGAAUUUGUUACUACAGCAGAGAGCAAGGCUGAAUCAAUUGAAGCGUCUUUGAAAACCUCAGCAGCAGAGAUGUCUUCUGUGCUGGAGAAACAUGCUGAGAAGAAGGAGCGUGUGGAGGCCCUCUCCGCUCAACUGCAAGAAGCUAAUGCCGAGUUGCUUACAGCUGGAGAGAGGGUCAAGCAACUGGAGUCGGACCGUUCCGCCAAGCAGGCUGAAGCCAAGAAGCUGCAUGAAGAUUUGCUCGAGGCUAAUGCGAAAGCUUCAGAGGAACUGGAGGCUCUUAAAGGGAAUAUAUCAACGCUGGAGAAUGAAGCCGAGUCUAUUAUCGGAAGUCUGAAGGACUGGCGCUCCAAGUCCAACUGAGUUUUUUUUGCUCCUAAUAAAUUAGACAUGUUGUCUAUUUACAUUUUCUACUCAGACUUACAUAAGGCGGCCAAUCGGUACACCCAUUUUCUCGUGUUUUCCCACACACCAGUAGCACCAUUCGCGUAUACUUGCGUGCGAUUUAUUCAUGUGUACUGAAGGACUAUGCAAUGCUAUUCGUACAGCCCGGCUUUCUGUGUGGUAUGGAUACUUCGUGCUAAUGGCAUGAGCUAGCUUGGGUAAACCCUUUAUUUAUUUACAUUUUUUGCUUGAAGCCUUAUUACUUUAUUUCACUGCUCAGUUUUUUUAUCUUUUACAAAUCUAUUUAUAUUUUUAUGUACACUGCCCUUUUGUACACCAGUUUAAGCUCAUGAGAAUUUGGAGCCAUUUCUUUUUA